AUGGUGCUGCAAACGACGCCUAGGGCCUGGGCCAAUUCCGACUCCGCUAUACGGGAGAAAGAGAUGAAGGAACAAAUCCUGUCACAGGCCCGUGCCGUAUGUUCUCAAAGUUUCCCAUAUGGCUCAGGUUUCGAUAUCGUUCAUGGCACGGCCGAAACUCACCUCAUCGCUUAUGCCCCGUUUGGCACGUAUCCGGAAAAGGACUGGGAGAUUGUUCUUUCGGUCGAUAACGAUAAGAGCUUUUUGUGCGGUUUGAACGCUCUCAUGGUAGAACUUACAAAGCGGUUGGGUGACAAGAUUGAGCAGAAGAGAAAGGGUCGUGUUCAAGUACCUGCGCAGGUUCGGGAGCGUCCGCACGCCCGCGCAUUCUACGGCCCAAAUUACCACAAAGACUCCGAGUUCGACGUCAUCACUUCCACUGCGCCGGCCAGCGAAUACGACGCAGGCUACGUGGCUUGGGUCAUCGUCUACCCAGGACAAACUGCCUCGGAAAACGCGGAGUGGAUGAAUGUUCUACGAACCGAAUCCAAGAUCAACGUGAACGAUACAUAUGUAGCACUUCUCGACAAUCUGCGUGGAAGUAUGGCUCAGUUCACGGGUUAG